AUGGCAGCUCAAUGCCACGAUGCACGCUUCCAAAGCUUGCUCAAUCUCGUUCCACAAGUGAACGAGUGGUACACUCAGAAGAACCGGCAACCACCUUUCAAGGUCGUCAUAGUUGUCGGCGACCAGAGCUCCGGCAAGUCCGCUGUGGUACAGCGUUUUGUGGGGUUCCCGGUCAACAUCACCAAGAAGGAGACGGGCACUCGCCGGCCGCUGAAGAUCAUCUUGCGCCACAGCGCCGAGCACCGACAGCCCAAGUGUGUUCUGGAUGGCCAUGAGAUGGACCGAAGCCAAGUGUUGAAGGAAGUCUGGAGGGUCAACAAUGAGCUGGCCAAGCAGAACAAAUUCGAGUUCAAGCCCCUAGUGCUUGAAGUGACAUCAGCGGAGGUCAUCAGCAUCACACUCAUCGACCUGCCUGGGCUCAAGUACACGCAGGAGAAGAGUGACACCUCCAAUGCAUGUUCAUCCGAUCAUCGCAAGAGAAUCCAGGAUAUCAUUCGAGAACACAUCGCAGGCCAGCGGUAUCAGUUGCUGGUGACUCUGGAUGCAGCGGAGCUUACGAAGAACCAAGUCAUCAACUUCUUGGACGAGGCUUUUCACUGUGAUGCUCACAGCCGCGCAAAAUGGGUCGAGGCUGCGUUGUUCUGUAUGAGCAAGGCCGAUAAGCUGCUCAAUGACAAGAACUACCAGCAGCGGGCCGCCCUGAAGGAUCUCUUGGACAAUUACCACCAGCAUGACAUACGUCCCUGCCUCGUCUACAACGAUCCGGAUCCUGAGCUGGAAGAUGCGCUGCAGAGGAGCGUCGAAGACGACAGCGGCGACUUCCUCUCAAAGUUCGAGGCGAUGUCGCGCCACAUUGCUGCCCUGGAUGAAUCCGAAGCCAAGUUAUGGAAGCAUUACUCUGACUCCUUGGCCAUGAAGGACAUGUGCGAGGACUUGGUGGAGAAGAGAACCUUCCGGCAUCUGAAGGAAGAGAUGUACCACGGCUACCGGUGUGACGUGGAGCGCCAGUUCCAUGAGGUGCAGGACGAGAUUCAACAAGAUGUCUGCAGACUCAAGGAGGAGUUGCAAGCACUGAAGCAAAAGGAUCGGAAGGAGUUUCGUCUUCAGUCUGCCUUGGCUUGUCAUGACGCGGCACUGAAGGGAGUUAAGGCCUUCAUUGAUGGUCCCUCCCUCGAGACGCAGGAGGAGCACGAGCAGAAGAAAACAACUUUGGAAGAAGAAGUGGAGUACGCUUGCAGAACGCCUGCCUUCGCAGACUUCCCCCGCAACCCCAAGGAUUACUUGAACUGCAUCACAAACGACAAGGUGGAGAAAAGCGAGCACUACAGGCCUGAAGAUCGGCUUCUGGGUGGCCAACAGCUUACGCGAAAGUUCUGUUUCAUUCUGGAUGUCCUGGUGCAAAAGUUUCGUGACCCCACCGAGAUUUUGGAUAACGACGUGCGCAAUGCCAUGGGUGGGGAGGUAAAUGGACGCCCUGCCCGUGAUCGUGCCUUUCUCUUCUUGGUGCGUCGCUGCGUGACUCGCGAGCUCGAGUUGACCUUGGAUUGGUACGUCAAUGCUCUGGGACUGCACUUCAAGAACUACUGGGACCUGUCCGCCGGGACCCACAUUCGUGACACAGACAUGCGAGGCUUCCUCACAAAGAUCUUUCAUCAGCGCUUGCGCAGAUUCAUUCAGGAGGCACGCCAGCAGCUGAGCUUCAACCUCGAGCCCAAGCUGUGCCAGCUCAGGCUCAGCCACGAGCCUGAUCUUGGACCGUUGACCGAGCGCAUCAAGAACCUUCAGCCCAUGGAGAGGAAGAAGAAGUUUGGCCAGGAGAUGACACGGCUCCGAUGCACAGCCCUCAGCAGCGAUGAGCCAUCUUGUUUGCAACCCUGCGAUGACCGGAUCAAGGCCGUGAAGGACGAAGCAAGCCGGUAUCUCCUCGGCAUCAUUCACGAGAUCUGCAGGGAGCUCACAUGGGACCUGCGCUAUAUGAACAAGAAGUUCAAGGACAGCUUGGAGCAAUCAGAUUUCACUGAUUUCACUGCUACCACAGACGAUGCUCAGACAGCGUUCCAGGCCUUGAACGACUUUGCAGAGCGCACGGAUCUCAAGGAGAAGAUCCGUGAGACGGAGGUUGCUCUGGAGAUCUUGGAAGCAGGAUGUCUGGCCGAGUUGCAGAAGUACUUUCAGCAGACUGCGAAGCCAGCGCCGACGCAAAGCGCCAAGAUGGCUGGUGCUUAG